AUGUCAAUCGCUCUCAACUUUUCUUGUUCAGUUCCUGUUCUUUUCACCAUGUCUCAAACCUUAGGAAAGAUUGAUUCUACAGAUGCCAAGCAUGUCACUAACAAGUAUGGUGUCAGAUAUGAACCCUUUCAUGAUGCUGCUGCAAGCAUCGAUGAGGAAGACAAUCCAGUGGGUUCCGAUUGUGAUUUUGUGCCCAAUGUCGAGGCAUCUGCCUCUCAAGAAAACCCUGUUCCUCAAGAAAUCCACAUUCCUGAAAACCCUGGGGAGGAUUUGAUCGCUGAAGAGACCAUUCCCACUAAAUCUGCUACUACUCCUUCUUCAUCAAAGGAUGGUGAUACAGUGUCUGUCUGCUCUGAAGACACCCAUUCUGAUGAGCCAAGCCAGACUCCCACCCUUGUUCAGAACAUCUCUGAUGAUGAUGAUUCUGAUGAAGUUCUCUUAACUGAGGCUUUCCUUGAGAGUGUUUCUGCCAAGAUGAAGAGAAAAAGAAGGGCUCCUGUUUCUGAAGCCCCUUCUAUGCCUCAGAAGAAGACCAAGCCCACUCCUACUACUUAUAAGUCCAAGCAAGUGGAUGUGAAAGGAAAAGGUUGUGAAAACCAAGGGAGAGAAAAAGAAGAAGAUGUCCCAGACAUCGUGGCUGCUGAGAAGAAAAAGUUUGCAGGAAGGCGCAUCAAGAAUGUUCUUGCUGCCCCACUUGACAAUGUGUUUUUCCACUUUGAAGAAAAUGUUCUGAAGUGGAAGUAUGUUUAUCAAAGAAGACUUGCUAGGGAAAGGGAAGUUGGAUCUGAUGUGCUUGAGUGCAAGGAGGUGAUGACACUCAUUGAGAAGGCUAGGCUUAUGAAGUCUGUUCUACAAGUAGAUAGAUGUUUUGAAAGGCUUGUGAAGGAAUUUGUAGUGAAUCUUUCUGUGGAAGUGGAACUUCCUAAGAGUGAUGAGUACAGAAAGGUGUAUGUCAGGGACAAAUAUGUGAAGUUUUCUCCUGCAGUGAUCAAUGGAGCACUUGGAAGAAGUGAUGUUGUAGUUGUUGCUGAAGAACAAUCCUUGGAUGUGAUUACCAAGGAACUUACUGCUAGGAAAGUUCAGAAAUGGCCAAAGAACAAGUUUCUGUCUACUGAGAAUCUUAGUGUGAAUAUGCAAUCCUUAAUAAUAUUGACCUUGAAGCCUGCAGAAACUUGUGCUGUGAAACUGCCCAUUUCUUUUCCAUCUCUCAUCACAGAGAUCAUUCUGCAACAGCAUCCCAAGAUAGUCAGGGAUGAUGGAGUGGCUAUUUCCAAGGGUGCUCCUAUUACCUUGAAUCAUCGUUUGUUUUUUGGGCCUCAUGUCCUAGACAUUACUGUGCCAUCCAGCAGGACAUCUGCUUCUACUCUAGUGGCUAAGUCUGGAAGGAAGGCUAUUAUUGAUGAAUUGUAG